AUGUCUUAUGCCAGUCAAUAUAUCCCCGAGCCCAAGAAUAUUGACCUGGCAUGGGCGGAAUGGGAACUGGAUUUCUAUGCUGCAGCUGUGUCACAUGCGACUAAUUGGCUGGCAAAUCGCUCAAGACUGAUUCUGGAGAAGUUUUCUAGUACUGAAUCAUUGGCGAACCCUGCUGCCGUGAGACUCGUGUCCGACACUAUUUUAUUGGUUGCCCAGUCUCAUAGAAUCAAGUCUCCUUUGGCGCCAUAG